AUGGGCACGCCUCAACCAACCCAGCGCCGGCGCGCGGCCGGAACCGCCGGGUUACGGCUACCCAACCUCGUCCUCAUCGCCAGUCUCUUUCUGAACCCCUCUUAUAUCUCACCAGCCGGCGCCGCUGCAGUUGGCUACCCCUCGUCUUCGCUGCACACGCGCGAUGAGGGCGAGCAUGUCGUCCUCGCCGACUGCCGCGACCGGAGUGGCGUGGUGUCGUCGCAGAUCGCCUACUUUCCCAAGGACCCCGGCCCGACGCCGCAGGAUGUAGCCGUGGUGGUGACUACGCCGGGACAGGCCGCGCUGUGGGUCAACACCAACACGUCCGGCCUCUUCACCGACACGGGCGUGGUCUUCCGGGCGACGCUCGGCCCGCGCGUUGAGGAGGGCCAGUUCGCCGGCACGGGCGAGAACGGCUACGGCAACUUCAGCUGCUACCAGAAAUACGUCAAGGACCUGUACACGUAUGAGACGACCACGUGCUCGCAGGUCUACCUGUGCGACCACAGCGAUCCGCCUCGUGAGUUUGCCUUCUAUUUUCUUCUCGACGGGGGUGGUAUGUCCCAGGGCACCAUCAUCGGCAUCGCCGUCGGCGUCGUCGGCGGGCUGCUCUUCUUGAUCGCCGCCGGCCUGGUGUUUUGGUAUUUCCGGCGAUCACGCAGAACCACCCAGGGCACGCACACCCGGGUUUCCAGCGACAGAUCGGGCACGUUAUCGGCCGGACCGGUGUCGGAACUCGGCGAGCCCAAGCCCCUGGACCAACCGCAAUACUAUCCGCAACUUCAGCUGCAGGACCCGGCACCCAUGCAACAGAUGGGCGCGGUCUACGAGGUCGAUGGCCGCCUGUUCCGCGUCGAGAUGGGCAACGACAAUGGCAAGUUCGAGUUGGAUGGGCAUGGUCACGACAGCGCCGAGCUCGACACGGCCAAGGGAGAGGCCGCUACUACUACUACUACUACUACUACCCAGACGAAGAGCGUGUCGCCCCUGAGCCCAGGCCAGCCGGACUCGCCGCUGGAACACGGCCAACAACCCAACACAGCUCCUCGCACCCAGCAACCGGCAAUUGGAAAUUGGAUCCUUCCGUUCAUGGCAAACACCAUCGCUGCCACCACACCACACGCUGUUGCUGCUGCUGCUGCUGCUGCUGGAAAUGCCGAUCGCAUGCUGCGUCCAAGGCGUCGCUCUCCGGGUGCGCGGCCCAAGCCAAUCCCGCCAUCAGCGCCGCGCCGUGCCAUUCGGCCGCUGCUGCUGCUCGUCGCCCUCGUCAAUCUCGCCUGGAGCCUGUAUCAGCUCCCCGUGAGUCGCGUUAUUGAGAGCCGCCUGUGCCGCCAACAUUAUGCUUUCCACACGCCCUCGGUCCUGCGUCCGGACGGGUCGGUGCCGGAAGAGCUGUGCAAGAUCGACGAGGUGCAGCAGCAGCUGGGCUGGCUCCAGGGUAUCACGGAGGCGUCGUGGGUUGCUGGCGAUUUUGUCAUGACCAUCCCGCUUGUGUGCCUCGCAGACCACUAUGGCCACCGCUUCGUGCUGUAUCUCAACCUCGUCCCGCGCGUCUUUUUACUCGUCUGGACCUUUGCCGUCGGCUACUUUGACAGUGUCCUCCCGGUCCAGGCUAUCGUAGCCGCGCCGGUGUUCUCGUUUCUCGGCGGCGACUGCGUGUUCAACUCCAUCGUUUACGCCUUGGUCUCGGAACUCACCGACGACCAUGUGCUCCGCGCAACCUUCUUCGGCUACGUCAACGCCGUGUCCUCCAUAUUCUCCCUCCAGCUCGGCCCCGCCCUCGCCUCCGCCACCAUGACCGCCCUCCUGUGGCUGCCCUUCUGGCUCGGCAUCGGCAUCCUCCUGCUCGCCAUCCCUGUCAUUUCCGCCCUACCUCUCCCCCCCGCCCCGUACAGCAGCAGCAGCACCAUCUUCACACCCCCCGACGAGGAAGCCCAUCCCACAGCAGCAUCAACAGCACCAGAAUCAUCAAACGCAGACCUACCCCCAACCGCCUCAAACUCAAACUCAAACUCAGACCCAACCGAAACCGAAGACGCCCCCCUUAUCACCCCCUCCCCCCAAGCAACUCCCACCACCACAACCCCAACCUGGCAAACCCUUACCACCACCCGCCUCACAACAAUCCGCACCCUCCUCACAAACCCCACCCGCAACCUAGUCCUACUCUUCACCGUCUUCUUCCUCGCCUCCCUCGCCUCCUCCGACACCAAGCUCCUCCCGCUCUACCAUGCGUAUGCGUGUUUGGUGUUUUCGGUGCUCGGGGCGCUGGCGAUUGCCGUGUCGCCGACCGUGUGGGUGCUCGUGCCGGCGUUGCUGGUCUAUGCGUUGGGGAUUGCGCUGCCCAUGUUUACGUAUUCGCUGUUGAGGGCGCCGGGGAUGGUGGCGGCGGAUGCGGGUGGGUCGUCGGGGGAUGGGGAGGGAGAUGGCGAGGGCCCUGCCGCGCAGCUGUUCUCGGUCGUCAUGCUGGUGCGCACGGUCGGCACGCUGGUGGGGGCCGUCGUGAUGCCGGGCUUGUGGGUGACGGGGAUGCGGAUUGGCGGCUGGGCUUUGGGCUUGCCGUAUGUGCGCACGGGCUACGAUGUCUGCGAGAACGACUGCAAGCUCCGCGGUGCCGCAUACCCGGACAAGCACACGCUCCAGCUCUCGCUCGAGAACAACUUGUCGGAGCAGUGCCCGCCCAUCUACAUCGGCAAUGCCAACGCACCCACCGCCUCGUCGAGGGUCUGCCUCGACUUUGUCGGGCCUAACAUCCACUUCAACUUUGAGUCUUUCCCCGGGUAUACCUACAAGAGCGGCGCUGUCGCCUGGCAGGUGAUGGGCAGCUCGCCAUCUGCUCCCACAAACAACCUCGCCUGCACGCCCGAGGAGCCCGAGGAGCCAGAGGAGCCGCCCGUCACCACCCCCUGUGGCCUCGGCACGGCGUUCGGCUACCAGUCCGCGGAGAAAUCCACCCCGCUCAACACGCAAUCCGGCCAGGGCUGCAAGCGGUGGGGGUGGUAUGCGACGCCGACGCUGGCGGAGCUGCAGGGCCGCAUCAGCGGCCCGCUGUACGUGGGCGCGGGCAACAACGACAUCUCCAAGGCGACCGACGUCGGCGACUGGGUGGCCACCGCCGAUGUCGCCGGCCGCGUCACCGUCACCUACCGGCUGGACACGCCCUACGCCCUCGCCGAGGUCCAUGUCGACCUCGACUGCCUGCCCGUCGACAAGUGCGCGCCGGGCCAGUUCACUUUUGGCGAGGCGGGCCUGGCCGACGUGUCGACCUAUUCGACUACUCCCCUCAGCUAUCCGAGCUGCUCCGGCGGUAGCAAGGCUGCGCUCAUCGUGCAUGCGGCGGUGGAUGUGCUGGUAGAGGGUGCCGUUUGCCCUCCGGAGACGGAUUAGGGGUCUUUUUGAGUGCUUACAUGGAAGAUAGAGGGGAGUAAUGAAAUGGGUGUUGAUUGUGACUACUCUCCGAUUGUGAGCAUUGUGGCUGUCCUCCGUUUGUGAGCCGCUUGCAGUACGUAGUAUGUCCUACGCGUGAAACUCGAGAACUCAGGGGCAUCACUGCAUCAAUCCAAGAGUUUCCACACCGAAAUCCAAAGCGGCACAGCAGCUGAGAUCGCCAGCCAGCCACGCAGUCGAUUGGAUGCAAAUGAUUGGCGUGCAGCUGAACCCCUGUCUCGUGUUGGUGACUGAAUUAAGAAUUUAACUUCACUUGA